AUUGUUCAUAAUAAAGAGUUUGUUUUUGUAAUUCAAUAUAUUCUUCUCGUUUUGGCCAGUAGUAAAAUGUUAUUUUAACAAAAAACAAGGAAACAGUAAAAUUUGGACAAUAGUGCUAUGAUCCCAUUCGACUUGAAAUGAUUAUUGAUAAUCGUUCUUCAAAUUAAAACAAUAAUCUCGUGGCAAUAAAAUAAGUUUAAAUUUUGUGCAAAUUUAACGUGAAAUAUCAAUAAGAAAAACCACUGCCGUUUUAAAGCUUCAUUCUGAAAAUUAUCUAUUAAAAUUUAAGAAAUAAACAAGGAAUAUGGAAUCUGAUGACGACUCCUUCGAGAUUGAGAAUGUUGACUCUGGCAAUGUGUCGUCAGGUGAUGAGGGUGACGAUGACUUCGCUAUGGAGGUUGACAUUCCCACAUCGCAUGAGCGCCAAAACGACACCGAAGAGUUUCAAUAUGAAGUGUUGACCACCGACGAAAUUGUACAACACCAACGUGAGAUUAUUGAUGAUAUCAAUAACGUUCUCAAGCUUUCACCAACAAUUGUUCGUAUUCUACUAAAUCACUUCAAAUGGGACAAGGAAAAGCUGUUGGAAAAAUAUUUUGAUGAAAAUACUGAAGACUUUUUCAAAAGUGCUCAUGUUGUGAAUCCUUUUAAGAAACCUACUGCACCAGCUAGACAAAGAAUAAGUAAUCGAAGCCAUGCAGAGGAGUGUGAAAUAUGUUUUACUCUACUGCCGCCUGAUUCAAUGACGGGUUUGGAAUGUGGUCAUCGGUUUUGUUUAGCUUGUUGGCGUGAAUAUCUCUCAACAAAAAUUGUUACUGAAGGUAUUGGGCAGUCCAUUUCAUGUGCAGCUCAUGGCUGUGAUAUUAUAGUCGAUGACGUUACUGUAACAAAACUAGUUCCGGACCAAAAAGUUAAAGUUAAAUAUCAACAAUUAAUUACAAAUAGUUUUGUUGAAUGUAAUCAGCUAUUGCGUUGGUGUCCGUCCAUCGACUGUACAUACGCCAUUAAAGUGCCCUACGCUGAAACGCGACCGGUGAGUUGUAAUUGUGGACAUACUUUUUGCUUCACAUGCGGUGAAAAUUGGCAUGAUCCUGUUAAAUGUCGUUGGUUAAAGAAAUGGAUUAAAAAAUGUGAUGAUGAUUCAGAGACCUCAAAUUGGAUUGCAGCCAAUACUAAGGAAUGCCCAAAAUGUAAUGUAACUAUUGAAAAAGAUGGCGGUUGCAAUCAUAUGGUAUGCAAAAAUCAAAAUUGUAAGCAUGAUUUCUGUUGGGUUUGUUUGGGUUCAUGGGAACCUCAUGGCUCUUCUUGGUAUAAUUGUAAUCGUUAUGAUGAGGAUGAAGCAAAAGCAGCACGUGAUGCUCAGGAAAAAUUACGUUCGUCGUUGGCUAGAUAUUUACAUUAUUAUAACCGUUAUAUGAACCAUAUGCAGUCUUUAAAGUUUGAAAAUAAAUUAUAUGCAUCUGUUAAGCAUAAAAUGGAGGAAAUGCAACAACACAAUAUGUCUUGGAUUGAAGUACAAUUUUUAAAGAAGGCUGUUGAUAUACUCUGCCAAUGCCGCCAAACACUAAUGUACACAUAUGUUUUUGCUUACUAUCUUAAACGAAACAAUCAAUCCAUGAUUUUUGAGGACAACCAGAAAGAUUUAGAGUCAGCGACCGAGAAGUUAUCUGAAUAUUUGGAACGUGAUAUAACCUCAGAAAAUCUGGCAGAUAUCAAGCAAAAAGUGCAAGAUAAAUAUAGAUACUGUGAGAAGCGCCGCAAAGUCCUCUUAGAUCAUGUUCACGAAGGCUAUGAAAAAGACUGGUGGGAAUAUACAGAAUGACGCGAAUCUUGGUUGGAUAAUUAAGGUCCCACAAAAGAAGCAAAGUGAUGAACUAAAUUUAAUGUUAUUUUUCGUUUUUAUAUUUAAACGUACAAUUUUAUAAAUUGGCAAGAAACGUUAACAAUUUUUGUUAACAAACACAAAAAAAAAAAACAAAAAUUAAUUCAAAACAAAAAACAAGCGAAAGAGCGAAACAAGCACUAAACAUCUUAAAAUAUAUAACAACCAAAACAAGCCAGAUGACAUCACUUACCUACGCCACUCUAAGCCCACAUCCAUUCAUCCUUGUACACAAUCACAUUACACAAACACACCUAUAUACAUAAAUAUCUAUAAAUCACUUGGCCAGUUGUUAACAACAAAAUUCUAGUUUCGAAACAUAUUUAGAUACAAAAUUUCCGUGA